UUAAGUUAUGAAAAAUACCAUUAAUUGCCUUUCUUUGUCACCGCAGCUCAUGAAGAAAUGGCGGAUCUCCAGACGUCGUACCUCUGAUGAAAAACACUUCGCAUCUAAUGGCGAGUAUUCCGAAGAUAAAGACCAACUCAAUCGACAGGGAUAUUUACGUUUUUUAGAAAUACUAAAGAAUAUCGGCCAAACAGAUGAGAAUGAGCUGAUGGUUGUGGAAGUCUGCAAGAAGACGUCGCAAAAAAGAGAGAGGCUGACUGGAAGAUGCCAAGAAAAAAACAACAGAAUCCACAGCCAGUCAAGUUGGAUUCUGAAGAUGGUGUAGCCAUUGAAGCUCCAGGAAACCUCACCUUAGACACAGACUUCCUUCUCGGACAAGACCUAGAGUUUGGUGAUCCGGAUCAUGACAGCAAGAUUCUAGGCCUGGAAAAAUUCUCAGAAGUAGCUGCUGAGAUCGGUUUCUCUGUUUAUCCUCUGGGUGAUGAGGAGAGCCCUGCCUACAGCCAACUCAGCAUGGAAAGUGAAACAGACAACUCACACAGCACAACUGACAAUGGGAGGGAGGACGAGGGCAGAGCAGCCCAGUCCGAUCCCAGUUUUCCUCCCUACCUGUCCUGCAGGGGCUGCGGACAGCUGCGAGAAGAACCUCUGGGACCUGGCAUAGACCUGAUCGGCCCAUACUGCCUUAGGUGCUGCAAAGCUUCCAGGGAAGCCAAAAGUACAGACUUUUGUUCACCUUUUGGAAGCGUCAGCGGGAUCCGCUCAGGUUCCCAUUUGCAGCUUGACGGUGAAGGGGUGGGAAAUGGGAUGGGUGACAAAGCACUGACAGCUGAGGACAAACUGGCCAAACUGCACUCGUGCCACCUCUGUGGCUUCUCCUCGCGUUACGCUAACCAUGUGAAGCGCCACAUGAAGACGCAUAAUGGGGAGAAGCCCUAUAACUGCCCCUUGUGCACUUACGCCUCAUCCCAGCUGGUGAACCUGCAGAGACACCUGCGCAUUCACACUGGAGAAAAACCUUACAAAUGUGACAUCUGCACAUUUGCCUGCAGUUCCCUUGGAAACCUCAAGAGGCAUCAGCGCAUGCAUGUGCCUGGGGCAGGACAGAAUGCCCCUCCACGGCCCCCCGGUGGCCAAAACAGCCUGGAGAGGCAUGUGACUGGGCAACGUCCCAAUGAAGAAGUGUCUGGUACUUCAGCCAAGGUUUCAGAAGUUGCGAGGCCGACUUCAAACCUUAGUUUGGGAGCCCAGAACAGUGACUACCUUUCAGCCUUUGAUGGCUUAAAGGGGGCGUCACCACCUCCCAUACCAGCCUCUAACCCAGCUCCUGGCCACCAGCCUCCACCCCUGCUGGACACCACGGGCAGCAGCGGCAGCAGGCCGACCAGAGGGGGCGUAUCAGACGGUGCCACCCUGCCCCCUUCACUUUUCCCUUUUACUUGCCGGUUAUGUGGCAUUGUCCUGGAGGACGAGGACGGCUCCUCGGCCCAGAUUUGUGCCAAGUGUACCCUUGAAAUGCUGACUAAAGACUCUUCCUCAUCUCCCAACAGCCCUGGUGAGCGCAGUGACAAGGUGUACACCUGCGCCGCCUGCCCUUUCCUUACACACUACCCAAACCACUUGGCACGCCACAUGAAAACUCACAGCGGCGAGAAACCUUACAAGUGCCCACAGUGCGACUAUGCCUCAGCGCACUUCGACAACCUCAAGCGCCACCACAGAGUGCACACAGGCGAGAAACCUUACAAGUGCCAUUUGUGCGAUUACGCCUGCGGGAACCUGGCCAACCUGAAGCGCCACCAGCGGGUGCACUCGGGCGCAAAGCCCUUCCAAUGCGCCGUGUGCAGUUACAGCUGCAACCAGAGCAUGAACCUGAAGCGGCAUAUGCUCCGGCACACAGGAGAGAAGCCGUACAAAUGUCAGGAGUGUGGCUACACCACUGGCCACUGGGACAAUUACAAGAGACAUCAGAAGAAACACGGCCUGGCCACAGACGGCUGGGUUAAAGUUCCAAUGACUGGCAACGAUGACGGAGACGAAGUGAGGAAAGGGAUGGGAGUUGGCGUUCCACCCCACAGGAAAGAAACAGGGGUUGAUAUGCAGUAUAUGUCGAGGGAGGGAGGUCAGACAAUACACUCGUGCUACAAACUUGAGAUUGUAUAAAAUAUAACUCAGCAAAACUAAGCUACCAGCAACUUUCUUUUUGUUAUUCACAGAGCCUUUAUAUUGUUUUCGUGUAUGUCGGUCUUUUAGUGUUUUGUCAGAUGUCUUCAGAGGCUGCUAAUUGUUUAAUUGUAGAAUCUCGCACAAUAACGUUGUUUUGAAUAUUUAGAUCCCUUUUUUUUUCAAUAAGUAAGGUGGAUGAGUCUGUUCAGAGUUUGUCUUCUACUCUGCGUUUGUGUUAAGACAAAUGGACCUUCUCUACUGUGGAAGUCCUUUGACUUAUUCUGUGUUACACCACACUAUUCUAUUAUUCUUACAUUUCCCUCUCAUAUAUCAACACAUAUCUGGUUCUUCAUUCGAGGACAGCAAACACUAGGGUUGGGUAUUGUUUAAAACAGGGGUGUCAAACUAAUUCAUCAAUCACCUGAACAUGAUUGUUGAUCAGGAGCGCUUUUUGUGGAUCAGUUUGACAUCCGUUGUUUAAAACUUAACACCAGUAUCAAUACCAGUAUCCUCAACGUGAUACAAAGUUAUUAAUUUGACUGGAAGCAUUCAGUUGAGUAAAACAACGCCCCCUUCCAUCGCAUUUCUUUUUUGUCAGACACUACACUUUUAAACAUUUUGUUGGCAUCUCAGCACGCUGAACUGCCAAUUAUUAUAUCGAAUACUGAUACCCAGCCCUGGGGUACACUACCAAAUACUCAAUACAUGUGCACAUUUUUGCCUCAACUGUUUGGAUGCACUGUGCAGUUUUUUCUUUGUUGUUUUUUUUUUUUAAAGAAGGGACAGUUGCUAUUUUUAAUCAAAGUUGUCAGUUUCACAAAUUAAGUUCCAACCUUUUUGUUUGGUCCCAAAAAAUAAAAUGAAAUAACUUGAAUGUUACUGAUGGAUGAUAACAUUUCCCCGACUUAAGUUUGGUCUGCUUCAUGAGGUUAUUUUGACUACACAGUGCAGCUGUAAGUAAAGAUGGGUCCUUGUAAGGGCCAAUAUUGUGCUUUGUUUGCACUGGGGCACAAGCUCUAGUAAUCAUGGCAUGCCUUCAGAUUCAUUUACUAAUGUAUGUACUACUAGCAAAGUGCUAUUUAAUAAUACUGGAAUAGUUUUACCCUUGAUAAAGGUUGUGUUAACCUAACAAAAAAAAUCUCCUGUCUUGAACUGCAUUCUGAACUUUGCCAAACCCCUCAGGAUUAUAAAAUAGGAUUUGGAAGACUAAACUGUUUAAAGAAUAUUCUUCUGGUUAUUUAACACUGAAAUUGCAUGCACAAUGCAUAUUGAAAGGCCCUCUUCAGUCUUCACUUGGUUGUAUGGUUAAAGAAAAAGCACAAAAAUCAUCCACGCAUUGCAUUUAAAAGACUGUGUGAUGAAAGGGAAAAAAAGCAUUAGACCUCUUAUGUGAUUCAAGAGUGAUUGUAAACAAGCAUGUUGUUCAAAGGAUUUUUCCCCCCACAAACUUGUACUCGUUACAUAUCAUUAAUCCUUCAGUUUCAAGAACUUAAAUUUGUCCAUCCUGGGUCUUUUUGAUCACGUUCCUUUUGAUUACUGUUUACUAUUAACUGUGAAAUUAGCCCAUUCUCGUGUUUCUUACUUGAAAAAGAUGACACUAUUAGUAAGCAUGUGAGUGUGUAAUAGUUGUUUUAUUUUUCUAAUGUGGCUGUAAUACACUGCUAGAAGUGCAUACUUUAAUAUAUAGAACUGUUUGUUUUUUUAAAUUUGAAUGUGUGACGUGUCAUUUAG